UACGUACAGAUAGCGUUUAAUCAGAUGUUUUAUAGUGACGUGUCUGUUCUGGGAUCGUCAUACCGAAGUUGUCUUCCGGUCAGGAAACAUGAAGUUCUUGGUGGUUCUUUUGGGCGCCAUAGCUGCUAUUGCAGCUCUGCCCACUGACAUCUCGAACCCAGUAAUCAUGAAGUUCAGCGGAGAUGGCGAACGCUACCAGCCCAUGCGAGGAGGCGAUGGCGUGGUCCACAUGGUGGAUACUUGGCUGAAGGUCUCCGACCUGAUGGAGGCUGCCAGGUUCCAGCCGGAUGUUCAGAACGCUUAUCAUCUCUUCACCAGAAACAACCCCACUGUCAGCCAGCCGCUACUGCUCGGCGCCGACGGCCUGCUCGGUAGCACCAACUACAACAGUAACCGACGCACCAUCUUCAUCCUCCACGGCUGGACCGACAGUGUGCUUGGCAACGUCAAUACUGUGCUCAUUCCAGCUUUCCUUGCUGCUGAGGACCUGAACGUGAUAUCAGUGGACUGGAGCGUGGGAGCCGGCACCAUCAACUACCUCGCCGCUGUCACCAACACUGUCACUUCAGGUGAAAGUGUGGCCCGCUUCGUGAACUGGCUGAUGGCUUCAACUGGCACCACCCCAGACCAGAUCCACAUCAUCGGUCACUCUCUGGGUGGACACCAGUCCGGCAUCAUCGGCAGGAACCUCAACGGCAGGGCCGCUUACAUUACCGCUCUGGACCCCGCCCUCCCCGGUUGGAUAACCAAUGACAACCGAUUCCAGCCCAACGAUGGAGCUUACACCGAAGUGAUCCACACUAAUGCUGGCAUGCUGGGCUACAUCGCUACCCUGGGACAGGUGGACUUUUACCCGAAUGGAGGAAUCAACAUGCCUGGGUGCAGCGAUCCCGUUUGUGACCAUGACAGAUGCUUCCACUACUUCGCUGAAUCGCUGGCUACAGGAGGUUUCACUGGCACUAGAUGUGCCACUUACGCUGGAGCUAUGACUGGCAACUGCAUUCUAUGGGGAUCCCUGCAAAUGGGAGGACUGAGGCCCAAGACUGGAUCUUCCGGAAUCUUCUAUUUACAGACCAACGCUGCCCCGCCUUUCUCUCAAGGCUAAACUUAUCAUCAGUAAUAAACAUGGCGGCAGCUGUCAUUCAAUGACCUUGACCGACGGUUUCGUACAACUGGCCCUAAUUUUGACCAACUGAACAUGUAUUAAUAACAUUAUGUCUUAUUUUAUAUAAUUGAGCUAUAUUCCCAGUAACGGCUUAAGGAUUUUAUUGACAUUCCUUUCUGUUAUUAAGGAUUAGUUCACUGUGUAAAUAAAUGUAUUAAUAUAAUA